UUUAGCAACGGGCUUGUCAAAUCGUGAAUGACCAUGACGUAAUACCCGCCACAAGACAAUGAGAACAAAAGAGUCAAGCGCAUGUUCGCGCGCGCGCGCGCUACCGUAGGUCUGUCUUUUAUCGCUGAACCAGUGUACACUCAGGGUACACUCGGGGGACUUGAAAAGAAAUAGAUAUACAUGUAGGAGUUACAUGUAGAAAGGGAGAGAAGAAGAGCAAACAAGUGCAAGUUAGCGCGCAGCCAGUUCAGCAGCGAUAGAAAACAAACCUCGUGGCAGCAGCGGCGCAUCAGCUAUUCCGCGUGCAUCGCUCGUUGCGGUUUAGCGCGAUCCGUCGUGUGGACUUGGCAACGUGAUCGGACAUUUGACGGAAUGAACGUACUAAAUCGACUGCCGCGGCUCGCUCGUCUGAGCGCUCGUCAUUGUCAGAAUAUCUCUCGUUUCUGCACAAAAAGCAAGGAACCGCCAAUUCCAGUGAACCCGCUGAAGGAGGUAUACAGUGCCAAUCAUCAGGUCGAGAACGGAAUAAUAUACGACAAGAAACCAUUCAAGAUGCGUCUCGAAGCCGGCAAGAUUUAUUCAUGGUGUCUCUGCGGCCGCAGCAGAGGCCAGCCGUUCUGUGACGCCACGCACAGAAACGUCUACCUCAAGAUCAAGCAGAGACCCAUACGCUUCACCGUCACCGAGACCAAGGAGUAUUGGCUGUGUAAUUGCAAGCAAACGUUAAACAGGCCCUUUUGCGAUGGCACGCACAAGAGAGCCGACAUUCAGGAGAAGAAAGUAUAGGAAAGGUGAAACUUUCAAAGUAACACGAUCAAUAUGUAAAUUUUGAGCGUAAACAUAUAUGAACUGAGGACUUGUCUCGUCGUCCGUCGUGCCGUUUGCCGAGAUUUGUUACGAUGUACAUAGUAUAUUUUAUAUUUCGAUAAAAUAUUGGAAAUUUGUAACUUGACCGAACAAGAUGAAUUGUCAAACAGUAGAUGAAUUGUCAAACAGUUGUGAAAACGGCACAUACUCGUACAUAUGUGAAAAUAAAUCAGAAUGAGAUUAUGGGAAGAUGGAACAUAUCGAGAUUCAUUUACGACAUCUGUAUCCUUCGUCCUGUAAGCUCAUUCCGUAGCUUUUAACAUCGUCGACGGUGUCGUUAGGCAGUUUCACUGCUACGCUUAUACACCCGCGCGACGACAACG